AUGGAGCCGCCGGCCUACGACGACCAGGAGGUGCGGGAGGAGGAGGCCGGCCCGUCGAUGGAGCGGGUGUUCGAGGGGGAGCCGGUGCCGUCGCGGUCGGAGACGAUAACGGCGCGGUCGGCGGCCGUGAGCGUCGUCCUGGGCACCACGCUCAGCGUCGUGGGCGUGAAGCUGAGCCUGACGUCCGGGUUCCUGCCGUCGCUCACCAUCCCCGCGGGGCUCCUGGGCUUCUUCCUCUCUCGCGCGUGGGUGCGCCUGUUCGAUGGCUGCGAGGCGGCGCAGCUCCCCUUCACCCGCCAGGAGAACACCGUCAUCAUGACCUUCGUCGUCGCCUGCUCCAGCAUCGCCUACAGCGGUGGGUUCGGGUCGCACAUCCUGGCGAUGAGCAGAAACGCGGCCGAGGGCGGCGCAGGGAGCGGCGGCCGGAACGUCGAGGAGCCGAACGUCGGCCGGCUGGUCGCGUUCCUCUUCCUCACCAGCUUCGCCGGCCUGUUCGCCAUCAUGCCCUUCAGGAACAGUCUCAUCAUCAGGCACCACCUCACGUUCCCGAGCGGAAUGGCCACGGCGCACCUCAUCAACACCAUCCACACGCCUCAGGGCGCCAAACAAGCAAGUAAGCAAGUGUCUGUCCUGUUCAAAACCUUCGGCGGAACCAUCGCGUGGUCACUCUUCCAGUGGUUCUUCGCCGCCGGCGCAGACUGCGGUUUCCAGGCGUUCCCCACGUUUGGCCUCGCCGCAUAUCGACGCGGGUUCUACUUUGACUUCUCGAUGACCAACAUCGGCGUCGGGAUGCUCAGCCCGUACAAGAUCACCAUCUCGGUCCUCGUCGGGUCUCUGGUCUCAUGGGGGAUCAUGUGGCCGUACAUCGAGACGAAGGAGGGGAGCUGGUACCCGCGGGACCUCGACGACGACAGCCUCAGCGGAAUCAACGCCUAUCGAGUGUUCAUCGGGAUAUCCAUGGUCCUCGCCGACGGCCUCUUCCACCUGCUCUGCAUCCUGCUCCGGACAGUGUGCGUAAUGCACAGGCGGCGGCAUACCCAGCGACAGGCCGCGCAGCCGUUCCUAUGCGUCGGCGUGGACGACCGGCCGGCGCCGCGCAGCUUCGACGACCGGCGGCGGGCGCAGGUGUUCCUCCGUGACCGGGUGUUCGACCCGGCCGCUGUCGCUGGCUACGUGGCCCUGUCAGUGGUCUCCAUCGUUGUCAUACCGCAGCUCUACCCCCAGCUGAGGCACCACCACGUCGCGUUCGCGUACGUCGUCGCGCCGGUGUUCGCCUUCUGCAACGCGUACGGCACGGGCAUCACGGACAUGAACGUCGCGACCACGUACGGCAAGAUCGCCAUGCUCGUCUUCGGCUCGUGGGUGGGGCUCGAGAACGGCGGCGUGGUCGCCGGGCUCGUCGCCUGCGGCGUCGUCGUGUCCGCCAUCGCUACCGCGACCGACCUCAUGCAGGACUUCAGGACGGGCUACCUCACCCUCACCUCGCCGCACACCGUGCUCAUCAGCCAGGUCGCCGGGACGGCGCUUGGCUGCGUGAUCAACCCGGUCGUCUUCUGGGCCUUCUACAAGGUGUACAACGACGGCGCCGGCGCCGUCCCGUACGCCAAGGUGUACCGCGGCAUCGCCAUGCUCGGCGUCGGCCAUGACGGGCUGCCCAGGCACAGCUUGCUGCUCUGCAAGACCUUCUUCGCCCUGGCGCUGGCCCUCAGCGUGCUCCGGGAGGUGUCCUCGCGGAGGCGAUGGCGCGUCGGGCGGUACGUCCCGAGCACCAUCGCCGUGGCCGUGGCGUUCUUCGUGUCUCCCAAGAUGGCCGUAGGCAUGUGCACGGGGAGCACGGUGAUGUACCUGUGGAGGAGAUUCGACGGCGACGCCAUGCGUGUACUGUCGCCGGCGAUGGCCGCCGGGCUGAUCUGCGGGGACGGGUUCGGGUCGCUGCUGUUGUCCGUGCUCACGCUGUUCAAGGCGCGGGCGCCGAUCUGCAUCAAGUUCUUGUCGCGAGAUGUGAACGUGCGCCUCGACGCUUUCCUGGCAACAUUACCCACGUCAUAGUAUUGGGUAUUCAUGUUCUUGUCAACCACUAAGAAUA